AUGAUCCAUUUUGCAAUCAUUGGUUUAGGUGAACCUCGAGUGGAAUGCCUUUCCGAUAGCAUCCGGGUAAAUUUUGAUACGGAAAACGAAUUUGAAGGCCAUGUUUAUGUGAAAGGACACUACGGACAUAGGGAAUGUCGAGUUGACGCAACUCUGAUCACCAAAGUCAAUCUGACCAUACCAUUCGCUUCCUGUGGCAUGCGUAGACAACGAACGGUAGGUAAACUAUCAUCAGUCUAA